UGGAAGCCACUAUACUGACCCAUCUAAGGUUUUACAGUCGCCUUUAAGUGUCUUUUUUAUUGAAAUAAUAAAAUAAACAUGUCGCUAACAAAUUAUUAUUCCAUGAUGGGGCUGCAGACUGAGGAGGCGUACGGUGCACAUUUCCUCACCGCAGGCUUGCAGGCGUCGACGGCCGGCUGCGCAAAGCCAUCCCGCGGCGCGGAGGAGGAGGAGGGGACCCCCGGCUCACACAUUCCGGAUUUUUCCCAUUUUCCCAACAAGCCAACGAGCUUAAACGGCUUCUCUCCCUGGACGAACACUCCUUCCGCGCCCUCGCCCUCUUCCCCGCCACUGCAGGCCGCCCCAGGCGCCUCCAUCCCGGGGCUUUUCCAUCCACAUCACCUCCUCAGCCACCACCAGCAGCACCUCCAGCCCCAGCAGCCCUACUACGCCCCGCAGCCGCACGCCGAUCACCUCGCCGCGGCCUCGGAGAGCAGGUUCGUCCGCUGCUGGGAAGGCCCUGCUUCCACCUCGGAGGGCAGCUUCCCCGGGUGCCUCCCGGCUGCUCAGGGCUGCCCCUCCAACCCGAGCCCAAGGUUCGAGUCGGUGAAGCCGGAGAACUCGCCACCCUCGCACGGCAGCCCCGGAGAGGACUCCAGCUUCGCCAGCCCGGGCGAGGUGGUCCUCGAGCGGCUGGGGACCGCCGAGGAGCUGCGAAGGAAGCCGGAGCCCAAAAAGGAGGAUGAAGAUGAGAAGAGGAAAGCCCAACCGGCAGAUCCAGAGAAUCCCUCAGCCAGCUGGAUCCACGCCAAAUCCACCCGCAAGAAGAGGUGUCCCUACACCAAGCACCAGACCCUGGAGCUGGAGAAGGAGUUCCUCUACAACAUGUACCUGACACGGGAUCGCCGCCUGGAGGUGGCCAGACUCUUGAACCUGACCGAGCGACAGGUCAAAAUCUGGUUCCAGAACAGACGCAUGAAGAUGAAGAAGCUGAUGAUCAGGGAGAGAAGGAGCAUCAGUGAAUAGUGGACUUCCAUUGAUGGCAUGGGGUCGGGUACUGCUGGGGGCACCUUUACGAGGUAAAGGGACAUAAGCUGGCGUGGUCUCUCUGGUGGAGAUCUUCUCAAAAACGAACAUUUUUGGGAACUUUUUUUCAAAACCUCCCCGUGCAAGCUGAAGAGACGUUAGCCGACUUUUAAGUACAAGUAACAUUAAGAACUACAACGACACGCUAGCUGUUUUACAUGUACUGUGUGUGCCAAACAUCCAUACUACUUGAGUCCACAUGAAUGCAAACCACGUUUUCUGCCUCGUUGUCACGUUAGGGGACGCUGUCCCUCAUUAGCAUGCUCUCAAGAGAAUUUAGUAGGAUUUUGUACAAAAAUGCACUUUAAGUUAAUAGCAAACAAACAUGUUGAGGGGUUACUUGAAAGAACGUUGUUGCCCAGUGUGCCGCAUGUCAAACCCCUACACCAUUUUGAAAUUGUGGCUCAAUAACAACUUUUGGGUCACAAAAUAUAGCAAUUUCCGCUAAGUGUGUCUACCAUUUUUGUGGAAUGUAUUUUUGAUUUUGUUGGACUGGAGUCAUUACUGGGUUGGCACGUAUGUACAAAUGACGCAGACCUUUAUGAACACAGUACUUUUGGUAUGAGUAACUACUAAAUUCUCGGGAGACAAGUUGUCACUGCUAGCUUGUUUUCACCAGAAUUUAUACGUUUGGUAGUAAUGUAUUAUAAUAAGUAGAAGUUGAAAAAAAACUGCUGUGGCAUUUAAAAAAAAAAAAAAAAUGAAGCAAACUAUGCCCAAAGUGUUCUGAAAUUAUGGCGAAAUGAAGUACAACGGCAUGUCGGCCAUGUUUGUGGAAAUGUAUUAUGGAAGUGGAAUCACCACAGGGAAAAGUGUCCAUCUAGGGACAUCAUUUCGUGUUUUGGUUUUAUCGCCUAUACUUCAGGAAAUUAGGAUGUGAAAUUGUUCUCGUCAUUCGUAGAAAAAUCUAUUAGAAAGUGUUAGGUUAGGAAAUAAGAUGCCCAAAGCGUCGGCCAUGUUUGUGGAAUGUAUUUUGGCAGUUGCCAUUUUUGUGGAGUGGAGUUGCUGGAAAACGACAUUUACCAACAUAUCGUGCUCAACCCUUUUGUGGAAUUCCCAACUAAAUUCUGCCUGUUCUCACCCAAAUUUUGUACGUCACGUAUUGCAUUGUAAUGAGUAGACAACCUACUUGAAGAAGCGUCAUGUUCAACGUUAGGAAAUAAUGUGUCCUGUUAAGUGUGAGAAAUCGAGUCUAAAUGUUACACUUUCGUUUGGCAAAAUGUGCCCUUAGUGCUGAACUUUUUGUACGAUCUCCUACUAAAUUCUCGUGGGGACACGCUGCCCCGGAGACUCUGAUGUCAUGACGUCUGUCAUAUUCAGUCGUAGAUUUAUUUAACUGCACAGGAAAAGCAACCAAAACAUGCCGAAGGUUAGAAUUGUACGCGUAGAUGCUGGUUUGACAGUUAAGAAAUGAGUGACUAGUGUUGAUUCUUAUUUAAAUUGGAGGAACGUGUAAAUAUUGACCAUCGGAAAUGAAAGGGGUUGUCAUUUGCAUGUGUGAUAUGUGGUAUUGAGACAAAAGGGCACAUUCACAUUCUCACGUGUGUGCACAGCAGCGAUGAGUCCAAUUUAUGCAACACUGAGCAUGUGACUCCAACGUGAAGGUGGAGCAGAACCAAGCGGAAGACACCAACAGUAAUGGUUGGUGUGUUUGUUUCACAUUGUCUUCACGCUCUCUGACGCCUCCAGUGGACGUCUUGUACAUGUAGGGCUACUACGAGCUAAAAGGUACGAUUCACUUCCAAUGCAAGGAGGCAGCCAUGAUGGAAAAUACCUCAUAGCGUUAGCAUGUUGCAUAAAGCUAGUGUAAAAGUGUUUGGUGAAUGUUUAACACGGAGACUUAGUUUAUGAAAUAAGCUGGUUCUUCUUAGUGUGUCCGCCUGUAAUCCUUUUAUUUUAAAAUUAUGCAAGGGGAAAACUUUGGAUGUAUAUGUUUAGAUUCUUAUAUUCAGACAAGUUUCUGUAGACAUGUUAGAUUGAGUGUUUACAGUCACAAACGCCUCUGCUCUAGAAUGAUUCGGUUGGUCUGGGAUAGUGAUGACCAGAGCCGUUCGGGACUGGGCAAGGUAAAAACUCCAUCUAACAUACAGUAACUAAAUCAUUAUCUGAAUAUAAGAAACUAAAACAUAAACAGUGUUCCCUCGCUCCAUCAUGGUUCAUCUUUCGCGGAUUUUUGUUGGUACAAUUUUAGUGCUUUCUUUUUUUUUCUUUUUUUUUUUCUUACAGUGUAUGAACGCCAUUACAGGCCGAGCCUGGCCCUUUAACAAGAAUUGCAUUGUGGGAAGUUGAGUGUGGUAGCUGUGUGCAGCAGUGUCUCUCUGUAUUCUCUCUCUUCUGUCUGCACCGCCCAUUGUCUUCUGCGUCCUGAUUUGCUGUAGACCACUGUCAAUCAAUCUCUUUCCUGCCGUCUCUUGUUGUGGUCUUGGCUACCAAGCUAGCUAACCGGGUGAGAUGUUUGCUAACUGCCAAUACUGUCACCAAUAGAAUAAACAGAAGAAGCUAACCGUGUGAGGAAAAUAGAACAGUAGCAAUAUGUCUAAACAAGGACACAAAAACGCUACAGCCGAAUGCCGCCAGGACGAAGAGGCACGGUCACAGGAGUGAAAUGUGUGAGUCACAUAAUUUAUUGUGUCCAACCUAGUAGGUUGAUCAUUAAAAUUCAAGCGAAAUUUGAACUUUGAGAGAGUUUAAACAAGAGAGAAAUGUGAGAACAUGUUAAUGACUGUCUGAGAAAAGUGUCUAAAGUGUAUCGUGAAAGGUUUUACAGCCUUAAAACAUAUAUAAUAAUUGUAAAAAAAUAUAGUUGGCUACUUUGCGGAUUUCACUUAUUGUGGGCGAUUUUGGGAAGCUAUCCCCCGCGAUAAACAAGGCAACAUUGUACUCAAUAAGAAGACAAAAUGAACCUAUUUGAGCUUUUAAUGGAUGUGUUAACAGGCCAGCUAUUGAGGGUGUUUUGUUAUUAUUUAUUUUAAAACACAACCGUCAUCUUUGCCUAAAGCCAAAUCACACUUUUGUGACCCUAAACCAAACCAAUGUUGACAAGCAAGUUCAUUGUUUUCAACAGCGUUUGUGGUUUCGCAGUUUAGUAGUUUAGGAAGGAGGCGGUGGUCUAUCAGACGGUCAUGUGAUCUCUGCAACGCUUCCCCGUCUUGACAAAAUUAUUCCUUUGACAAUUGAAUGACUGUUGUGAUAAUUAUAAUUAAAAGUCUCGUUUUAUAAGGUGCAUGUAUAAUCUGUGUUGUUGUUGGCAUUGACUGUAUAUUUGUUGUUACUCCAUGCACAUACACACACAUACACACACAGACACACACACACACACACACACACACACACACACACACAGGUUGUUGGGUGACAGCUCACACGAUGACGACGACACGACUGUUUCUCUGCUGCAGACAAAAUAUGAAUGUCGCUGCUUCUUUUCGGGUUUAUUUGGUUACACAACUCAAAACAAUGGACUGCGUGAGCCUCCAGUGGAACAGUUGGAGCCCAGAUGUCAUGAAAUGUUGCUUUUGUCUGCUACUUCUGACUUUCUGUCCCGCCGCCCACUCAACGAAAUAAAAGAUGCAUCACGUCAU